AUGACAGAAACAAGCGCACCAGUGGCGCUUCUUCCACCGCCGGUGGAAAUCUCAUUCGGCAGCACCUCCUCAGAGACACCGCUACCGGACUGUACAGCCAAUCUCAUGCCCUUCAGCAUCGACUAUGACGGUCCGGCACCAAUCGACUCGUUUCUCGUCCUGCGACCCGCAUCAGCUUCUGACAGUGAUGCCACAGACGGAUCACAAAGUUUUAUCUCGGCCUUCCGCGGCCGUGCGAUCCAAUCGACCCCUCUCCCACUUCCAGCUGGCUACAAGGCGAAGCUGAUCACAGUCUCACAGGUUGCUGCUUCUGCAGAACCGGCAGCAGAAAGCAGUUCCAGAGACACUGCGGCGGUACAAGAAGAGCAAGCCGAGGCAAAGGAGAGAGAAGCAAAGAGACAGCGUCUUGCGAAACCACAAACGCAGCAAAGGUUCUCGAUGGACAGCGACGACGAUGAGGAUGACGAUGACGAAAGGAACGGGUUCUCUCAGGAAACCUCUUCUGAACCACCUCAGCCAUCUGCUUCGCUUCCCAACGGUGCUGAAACGCCGAAAAGUUCCCGAGAUGAGGCGAGGAUAUCAAAGGAAGCAGGGCCGAAAAUCAGAAUAGCACCCAUCGCAGAGGUCAGCGGAGACGAGCUAAGGCUGUGGGGGGCAGACGGCCCGAUAGACAAAGGAGACGAUACGUUCGUCCGCACAAUUGCGGAGUGGUACUCUGUUGUGUCGCCUUUGAGCAUCAAACACCUUCCAGGCCAAGGCAACGGUCGCUCAGCAUCGCGAGCCCUCAAACGCUACCGAGCAGACCGAACAGCUCUUGAACGCAUCACCAAAAACUCCAUUCGUCGUCUUGCUCGUCGAGGUGGAUGCAAGCGUAUCGCAGGCACCGUCUACGAAGAGACCCGAUUCAUCUUGCGUGACUUUCUCGCACGCACCGUGAAAGAGGCCAUCACCUAUUCCAGUAAGACUUGCCUCCUCCCUCCCAUUUCCCAUCAUCCUCGAUCCCCACACUGA